CUACGUCACGGCCCAACUCACCGAGUGCGCUGGGCGCUGCGGACGGUACCGGCCGGGCCUGACGUGCGCAGAGGGCGCGGCGCGGCCAUGUUCCGGCUCCCGGGCGCCGGCCUGGGCCGAGCCCUCCUGCGGGCCGCGGGGCGGCGGGGCCGGGGCUGCUGGGCGCACCUGCCCUCGGGGCCGGCAGGAGGCCGGGCUCCAGCGGUGCGGGUGCCGCCGUCCCGAGUCGCUCCGCAGGGCGGGGGCCCGGGCCUGCUGCCGCUGCUGGCAGCGCUGGCGUGGUUCUCGAGGCCCGCCGCGGCGGAGGAGCCGGGAGCGGGCGGGGCCGCCCGGGACGCGGAGGAGGACGAGGCCGAGGCCGAGAUCAUCCGGUUGCUGAAGCGAGCCAAGUUGAGCAUCAUGAAAGAUGAGCCAGAAGAGGCUGAGCUAAUUUUGCAUGAGGCACUUCGUCUUGCCAUUCAGAGUGAUAACAAGAAGGCCAUCAUUUACACUUAUGAUUUGAUGGCCAACUUAGCAUUUAUACGGGGUCAGCUUGAAAAUGCAGAAAAACUUUUUAAAGCAACAAUGAGUUACCUGCUUGGAGGAGGCAUGCAACAGGAAGACAAUGCAAUAAUUGAAAUCUCUCUAAAAUUGGCCAGUAUCUAUGCUGCUCAGAAUCGACAGGAAUUUGCUCUUGCUGGCUAUGAAUUCUGCAUUUCAACUCUAGAGGAAAAAAUUGAAAGAGAAAAGGAAUUAGCAGAAGACAUUUUGUCAGUGGAAGAGAAAGCCAACACCCACCUCCUCCUCGGCAUGUGCUUAGAUGCUUAUGCUCGCUACCUUCUGUUCUCCAAGCAGCCAUCACAGGCACAGAGGAUGUAUGAAAAAGCUUUGCAUAUUUCUGAAGAAAUACUAGGAGAAAGACACCCUCAGACCAUUGUGCUAAUGAGUGACCUGGCUACCACCCUGGAUGCACAAGGCCACUUUGAUGAGGCCUGUGCUUACGUGCAGAGGGCGUCCGAUCUGGCCAGACAAGUAGGACAUCCUGAGCUGCACAUGGUGCUCAGUAACCUGGCUGCAGUUCUGAUGCACAGAGAACGAUAUGCACAAGCAAAAGAGAUCUACCAGGAAGCACUGAAGCAAGCAGAGCUGAAAAGAGAUGAGGUUUCAAUACAGCACAUCAGGAAAGAAUUGGCCGAGUUGUCCAAAAAAAGUAGAUCUUUGACUUAAUUUAAUCAAGCUCUGAAUAACUUUUUCUUGUAGGGAAUUUCCCAGUACCAGUGGCACCCAAAUCAGUGGCUUAAAUGAGCAAUUUUCAACCUGUGUGUUGCAAGAAUUUUUAAAACAUGCAGUAUCUGACUAGUCAGUGGCACUGACCUCUUUUCCCUUAGGUUGUCAAAUAAAAAAUUACAACAGCCAACACAA